CCCUUUUUAUUUCUGGCAUCACAGCAUCUGGUGUAAUUGUAUAUCCCGGACUUAUAAUACCUGCGGCCAGCCAGAUUGGUCCUGCAUGCAGAUUAUGUGAAAUAGGUACAACUUGAGUAUUAAAUGGUAAACAUAUGUACUGCAAAUAAAAAUAAAAAAACGCUCCAUGUUUGCUAUUUUAAUUUGCAGUGUGUUGCAUUCUGCUUGUAGCAGUUGUAAUUUUAGUCUUCAGCUGUCUACAGGACGGGGAAUACAGAAAUAAUUUAUGGAAGUGAUGCAUGUAUUGUACUGUAGUUUACGGAAUCCUUGGACGGAUCCAGCAGAUGCGAUGCCCUGUUGUAAUAGCCAAAGGAGCUCCCCUCCCCCACUCCCCCCACGGGGAAAUACUGUUAUUUCUCACUAGUGUUUCACCGCUGGCAACUGUAUUAAACAAAGAAAGUCGCCUGUAUACAAACAUGAUGGAAAGUACAAUUCCUUGGUGACCAUUUCAGGAAAGAUAUUUGCAGAUUGUUGAAUGAACUUUGCCUGUUUAAGACGAGAUUUUUCAUAUGGAUUGCCUCUGGAUCUGGAGAGGGACGUCAGUCAUUUCCAUUGAAGGCAAUUCUUAAAGUAGGAAUACUUGGCUCUUCGUGAGAUGUUAAUUCUCUGGCAAGGUGUUCAGGCGACCAUUUUAAUUAAGUUUUAGGUUCAGUUUAACAACAGCUACAAACUGGUGACGACAAUGAGUUGUGAGAUGUGCAGAAUGUGUUUUUUUCCAGGACUAGUUGUUGAAAUGAGCUGUGAAUGCAGACAAACGGAAUAAGCCUUUCGUGCGUGUAAUAAUAAGACAGAUGUGCCUUGGAUGAGUUAUUAAAUGAAUCUUCCUUCUCUCACGAUCAUGCUUUAUUUCCAGCUCGUUAUUAUGGCAGGGACUGUGAUGCUCGCGUAUUACUUCGAAUACACGGACACUUUCAGUGUGCAUGUCCAGGGAUUUUUCUGCUUCGACACCUACUACACCAAGCCUUACCCCGGACCUGAGGAGAGCAGCUCCAUCCCGCCUUUAUUACUCUACUCGCUGGUAGCAGGAGUACCAAGUGCUGUGGUCAUUGUUGGAGAAAUGGUAAUGUUUUUCCUUCAGCUAGCUACAAGGGAUUUUGAAAAUCAGGAAAAGACUAUAUUAACUGGAGACUGCUGCUACAUCAACCCUCUGAUGCGGAGAACUGUCAGAUUUCUCGGUAUUUAUGCAUUUGGACUUUUUGCCACGGACAUUUUUGUGAAUGCUGGUCAGGUAGUGACAGGAAACCUUGCUCCCCAUUUUCUUACAGUCUGUAAGCCAAACUACACAGCACUUGGUUGCCAGCAGUUUGAUCAGUUCAUCACUGGUAUGGAUGCCUGCACUGGUAGUCCUGACCUCAUUGUGAGAGCCAGAAAGACAUUUCCAUCAAAGGAGGCUGCCUUGACCAUCUAUGCAGCAGUUUAUCUUGCAAUGUACAUCACCAGCACAAUCAAAGCCAAGGGGUCACGGCUUGCAAAACCAGUACUAUGUUUAACCUUAUUAUGUUUGGCAUUUCUUACGGGAUUAAACAGGGUGGCAGAAUAUCGAAACCACUGGCCAGAUGUGAUUGCAGGAUUUAUUAUAGGAUCAGCAAUAGCAGUUUUCUUGGUGGUAUGUGUGGUGAACAAUUUUAAAGGAAAAUGUGUAGAAACAGGUAAAACUCAAACGGACAACUCAGCCAGCACACCAAUGAUCAACCUUCCACGAGUAGAAAGCCCCUUAGAUAAGUACUCAUCUGCUCAGAACCACAUUGCAGCCUUUGCAGAAGUUACAUGACGAUGAAGCAGAUUUUUCUCUUCAUUGGACGUCAUCUCUGUUCACGGUCCAGUCAUCUUACUUGGAAUACAGCUGAAAAUGAUUGAAUACAGAAGAGUUAUGGCACAUCUGCAGAAUAUCAUGUUAUAGCACUUAAAAACAUUUAAAAUGUGAUAACUUUUGAGCUUCUGAACAGGUGAUGGCUAAGAAUUACAUGCAGCACCAUUUCCAUGUAUUGCUGCAUGCUCUGUGUCAGUUACGACAGAUGAGUCUUACACAGCACACAGAGCAACGAUUGUACUGCAUGUAAAGAUAGCUAUUCUUCUGUUUUAGUUUAUUACAGAAACUUUUAUUACAACCUUUGUGAUAACCAUGUUGAAGUAGUCACAUUUGUGUGAUGAUCUCUUUAGUGACCUUUCAUUGCUUUAUCAUUACCUGUUGAUACUCGGAUGUUAAACUUUAGAAGCAUUAGGGUUUUAAAACUGCCCCGCUGAGUGCAGUGUGUGGUAUUUCAGUUUCCUGUUUACAUUUGUUUAUUUGAAAGAGAUGUCACUUGUACAUACAUUUCUUAUGUUCUAUUUUGGAAUAAAACUGUUUGCACAGAAUUUAAUACAUUUCUAGCCUAGAACCUGAAAAGUGUACAUACAGUAUGCUGUCUGAAAGAGUGCUUUCUUUUUUAACAAAAAGUUUUUAUAAAAUAAAACACAAAAAUAAAUGCCAAUUUAUAUUAUUUAUUAAGACGUAUUUUAAGUAAACAUCAUGUAAUUCAUGCAGAGCUGUAAGUACAGUACAUGAUUAUACUUUUGUAGAGUAUAUGUUGUAAAAGAAACUGGAGAAAGUGAAUUAUUUAUUACAUGGUUAAGAAUAAUUACUUUAGAAGUUCAGACAUCAGCAUUUAAGUCAUUGCAACAACACCAGAAAUAGUUUGAUUAUAUGGACCCAACUAUUUAAUUGGCCCAGAUGGAUCAGUGCUCCUCCCUGAUCAUAAAAAAUAAUAAAUAAAUAAAGACUACUCUGAAUUGCUUUCUGGUUUUCUUCUCAGACCUGGACCUAAAUGUGCUACAGCAUGCAGUAUUACAAAUAUAGCAUCAUCAGUGUGUCCGGGAAACCCAAAGCACAGUUAGCAAACAUAAUUGUUUUUAAUCAAUGACAAUGUUUUUGUUCUUAUUGAACUGCAGUGAUUCAUUACAAUGACUAAUUAUGGUGAUACAUGUCAAUGAUCUCUACAGGUAAACUUAUUUGGGUUCCUGUUGUUUCACUGAUAUCAGUUUUAGUGAAUGUAUAAAGAGUUCAGAACAUUCAGCAAAACUGCAUUCACCAAUAGUGGAGUUUUUCUUUUCUCCACCGUUGUGAGACCUUGGAGUUGAUUUGCCCCAAAAUAGCAUUCUUGGAGAUUUUACAUUCACCAAAACUGUUUUUGGAGACACAACAUGAAUAUAUUGUAUUCAUAUUCUUAUAAAUGCUGUCUAUUAAUAUUUGAGGUACUACUUAAAAGUCUGUUAACAUCACUGUCAUUUAAGUGUUGAGAUUCCCGCAUCAUUUAGGAACAAGUAAUGCAUCAGUGGACUGUUAUACAGCCAUAACCUACAUUUAAUGCUCUGAAAUGUAACUAAGCACAGUUAAUGUCUGACAGAAGUGUUCUGAUUUUGAUAUGAGCAAGAAUUAAACAAUACAAAAUAUUGCUUUC